AGUUUUGUUUACAGCAAUCGUUUAUAGCAAUUCUCUUCCAAUGAGCCGUCACUUCGUCGUGGGAACCAGCCUCAAAAAGUGAUAAAUUUUCAUUACAAAACUACGUGGACUUUGUUUUGGCGCCGACGCAGAUGAUUUGAGGACUUGAAAACUUAGUAGAUUCCAUCUACCGAAUCAUUCAUUACCUGCAUCUCCAUGAGUUGAGGGGGACUACGGAUAUCAUCAAAUCACCUUCGUCCAUCGCAGAGCCAGGAAAAAAAAAAGAAAAAAAAAACCAUCAAAAAAUAGCCGCAUGCAACAGACCCAAGAAAGAUGCAGGACCUCUUCCUGACCACCUUUGUGAGGGGCGGCGAUGAGUUUGAGCGAGCCUGCGCGGUCCUGCAGGCCGUGGCCAACAUGAGCGGGUGGCACAGCCUGCACCGCGUCGUCUUCUACAGCGGCCCGCUGCCGCCCAAGGGCUUUGCCAACUCGCGCUCCGCCCAGCCGGCGAACCAGCCGCCCGGCGCCAAGCCGUCGCCGCAACAGCUGCAGCAGACGGCGGCGCUCUGGGGAUUGCUGAACCAGGCGCUGACCAAGACGUCGUACAUCAUGCAGGCGCGCUACGAGGUGUUUAAGGAUCGGGAUUUUGUGGGAUUGCCCAACGAGGCUGAUGCUUCGGCCGCGGUGGAUGGUGAAGUUGAGCUCAACAGGGCUACCGGAACUCUGCGGUGGACUGAUCUGCCCAUCAAACAACCCGACAACAAUCCUGUCACCCAACGCAAGAGGAUUGAUAUCUCGGACCACAAGAACCUGAUUGCAGUCUUCAAAGACAACAACCACACAUACAAGAGUGAAGCAAUCGAGGAGUCUGUCAGCUAUUACAUUGACAGUGUGGAAAUCACCCUCGUCCGGUAUUACAAGCUUCCCGACUCGACGCAGCCCCUCACCAGUCUUCCCACCUGGCCGUCCCUGCAGCUGGUCGACCCCUCGGGCACCUGGAUGCUUUUCCUCCGGACCACAGUACAGGAGGAAAACGCCUACGACAAGAUCAAGGAGGCCCAAGAAGAGCUGUACCGGGUUCGGGACCAGCUCGGAGGCGUCUUCGAAUUUAAAGUGUACGAUAGGAGGGUUCACGACACGCGGAUCAUUCAGCAGGCCAAUAACAUGCCGGCGCCGCUUCCACAGAUACAGAGAGCUAGGGGUUGAUUUACCUGCGGGAUGCCGAGACAUGACUUUGCUUUUUUAUGCUCGUUACCAAAGAUCCUGCCGCCAUGGCCGAAUCAAACCUACUACUUUCGAACUGGAUGCGACUCUUGCUAUUAAUCACCCCAACCAUGUCUUCCUGUCUGGUCAACGAUACCCGCUUGUCUAGUAAUACUGAAUAAUUUCCAUAGGACUCUCGCCAGCACAACUAUGUGGUAGUCCUCAAUCUUGCAUUCUGUCGUCAUUGUACUAUGCAAGAGUCUCUCUUACGUCGGCCUGCCACAGCACCAGGAUGGCCCCAACGAUGUCCCUGGCCAGAACAACAUAUCUCUGUCGCAUGCGGGCCGAAGCAAGCUGCCCCGAGCUCCAGAACCCUCGCCUUUCGAUUCGCCCACCCCUGACCGUACUCUGCAGUCGCGUGAUAGAUGCAGUAAACACUCUGGUAGUUGAGAGGAUUCGGCAGAAAGCUGGCAUGGCCAGGCCCGUAUGGACCGGGGCAUUCCCGAUGGCUGACCAGCAAUGGCGUCGGCCUCUUGACCCAGGCCGCAGGAUCUAGCGGGUUCGGCCCGACGAGAGCCAGGAGCGCCAGGCGGUACUCGCUGGUCCAGCUGCCGUGGGCAGAAUACACGAUGCCGCGAAACACGCCGGCGAUGUCGACCCAGGUCGGGCCCUCGUUGACGCCGCGGCGCCCCCCGUCCGGCCUCUCCCACGGCAGCGUCGCCUGCGAGAUGCAGACCAGCGUCUCGGGCAUGGCCUCCUCGGGGCUCCUCAUCCUGAUGAGGAACAGGUCCUGCUGCGUGUCGGAGCGGUCGCCCGGCGGCCAGCCCGACCAGCAGCAGUACAGGCUCUGGGCGGUCCGGUCCGGGCUGAAGACGGUCGCGUCGAUGGCCCACUGGUCCGGCAUCCCGCGCAGCGGGCCCAGAAACUCCCAGUCCGCGGCGGCCAUGGGGUCGUUUUGGCCGGCCGCGCACCGCAGCACCGUCGUGCGGUGGCCCGGGUUGCCGACGCCCGGCGGCGCGCCGCACGUGUACACGUACCACCGGCCCGCCAGGUAGUGCAGCUCGGGCGCCCAGAUGUUGGCCGACCACGGCGAGCCGGGAGGCGGCUGCCAGAUGGUGGACCUGGCGCAGCUGCCAAAGUCCUCGAGCGUCGGCGACGACCAUAUCUCGAUGCGGUUGUCGAGCGUAAAGGUCAGGUAGAACCGGCCGUUGGCUGCCACGACCCAGGGGUCGGGCGUGUCGACGUCGCAGAUUGGACGGUUUGACAUUUGUUUUUGGAGCUUGCCCUUGGGGAAAUCACUGCGAGUGUAUUGUCUGGAAUACCCUGACCGCGGCCGCGUGCUAUCUCGAAAGGCGCCGAAACAGUAAUUGCCUGGCUAACAAACGAUUAAACCAAUAAAAACUCGUUUCUUGCGAACAAGUUCAAUUCCACAUGUUCAAAUCGACGCUAAAGUUUUCGUCCAAUAACUCCGCAUUUGACGAAUAUAGGAAAACGCUACGUUCUCAGUCUAGAUCUAGUCCUAGUGCUUGGUCUUGACUCCUUCGCUCCGCCGACCAAUUCUUAAGAAUUCAGCAUAUUAUCGGACAACGUUUUGUCCUUGCACAACUUCCAUUCCUUUCACAGGGAAAAAAUACUUCCUCACAAUUUGAGCGUCAUAUCCCGUUUCAGUCAAAUAGUCCCCACGUUUCAGCGUCAAGUCAAUCUCGACGACUUGGUCCUGUUUUCUCUCCCCCGAUUUUUUCGAGCUUGGCAGCGGAUAAAAUGCAUCAGUCAUUCAUGACAUGACAUGGCUGUCGAGCUCCUUGUCCACAAAAGCCAUGAAUUCAUCCCACUUUCCCACGACCAUCGGCGCCUCGAGCCAAUAGUUGCCACGGCUAUCCUUGCCCUGAAUCGUGAAACAAUCCGGGGGGCUGAUGGGACUGCUGAGCCCUUGGGCAUACCACGGCUUGCAAGAAGCAGGCGCGCCGUCAGAGUCGCCACCACCGCCGUCGCCAACGCGCGCCGGGCCGAGAUCCAGCUGGAAAAGGUCCGCCUUGGACCAGUUUGUAGACGACAGGUGCAGCAUGUCGUUGGCGCCAAAGAAGAUCAUGGGAAAGGGCAGCCGCGA